GCGGGGGGAGCCCGGGGGUCGCGCUGGGCUGGAGCCGCCCCUGGGCCGGGCAGCGCCGAGCGCCGCCGGGGGAGGGAGCUGCUGCGCCGGGCCGGCAGGAUUUCUGAUCCCUGGGCCGGACGCGCUGUCCUGGAUGGAGCGAGGGGCAGAGCCAGGGGUCCCAGGUGCCCAGGGCGCUCAGGAGACCCCGAGAGACGCCUGCACAGGCGAUGGGCCGGUCAGCGAGGCUGAGGAGUGGGAUCCCCAGCCGGAAGGGCACGAGCGAGUGGGGCCACAGAGGAUGGUACCGGGACGACACCAGGAGAAUGAUCUGCCCAGCCCAGGUGCCUGCGAGCACCAGCGGGAAAACCCUGCUGGGGAGAGAGACGCAGACUCGGCUCCCCAUGGGGCAGGCGACGAGGGGCUGAACGAAUCCAUGAUCCGGGCGGCGGGGACGCCCCACAGCUCUGCCCCAGCUUCCCGUGGGACUGGCGAGGGGCUGAACGAAUCCACGAUCCAGGCAGCGGGAACACCCCGCAACUCUGCCCUGGCACUGAACGAAUCCAUGAUCCAGCCGGUGGGGUCACCCUGCAGCUCUGCCCCAGCGCUGAAUGAAUCCACGAUCCGGGCGGCGGGGAUGCCCCACGGCUCUGCCCUGGUGCUGAACAAAUCCAUGAUCCAGCCGGUGGGGUCACCCUGCAGCUCUGCCCCGGUGCUGAACGAAUCCACGAUCUGGCCGGCGGGGACGCCCCACAGCUCUGUCCCGGCGCUGAACGAAUCCACGAUCCGGGCGGCGGGGAUGCCCCACAGCUCUGCCCUGGCUCCCCGCAGCUCUGUCCCGGCUCCCCACGGGGCCGGCGAAGCGCUGAACGAAUCCACGAUCCGGGCAGCGGGGUCGCCCCACAGCUCUGCCUCGAUGCUGAAUGAAUUCAUGAUCCGGCCGGCGGGGACGCCCCACAGCUCUGUCCUGGCUCCCCGCGGGGCCGGCGAGGCGCUGAACGAAUCCACAAUCCAGCCGGCGGGGACUCCCCACAGCUCUGCCCCGGUGCUGAACGAAUCCAUGAUCCGGCCAGUGGGGUCACCCUGCAGCUCUGCCCCGGUGCUGAACGAAUCCACGGUCCGGCCAGCGGGGACGUCCCACAGCUCUGUCCUGGCUCCCCACGGGGCCGGCGAGGCGCUGAACGAAUCCACGAUCCAGCCGGCGGGGACGCCCCACAGCUCUGUCCCGGCUCCCCGCGGGGCCGGCGAGGCGCUGAACGAAUCCACGGUCCGGCCAGCGGGGAUGCCCCGCAGCUCUGCCCCGGUGCUGAACGAAUCCACAGUCCGGCCAGCGGGGAUGCCCCGCAGCUCUGCCCCAGCGCCCCAGCCGGGGAUCGGCGCCCCAGCGAGAGCUACCGGGCCCCCGACCCCCGGGCGGCAGUACGUCUGCCCCGAGUGCGGCCGGGCCUUCGGGCAGAGCUCCCACCUGACGCAGCACCUGCGGAUCCACACGGGCGAGCGGCCCUACGUCUGCCCCGACUGCGGCCGGGCCUUCAGCGCCAGCUCCAACUUCCUGGCGCACCGGCGCACGCACACGGGCGAGAAGCCCUACGACUGCUGCGUGUGUGGGCGCAGCUUCCGUGCCAGCUCCACCCUGCAGCGGCACCGGCGCCUGCACACGGGCGAGCGCCCCUACCGCUGCGGGCACUGCGGCCGCGCCUUCUCCCAGAGCUCCUCGCUGGCCAAGCACCGGCGCCUGCACACGGGCGAGCGCCCCUACCGCUGCGGCCACUGCGGGGAUGCCUUCGCCGUGCAGUCAGGGCUGGCUGCCCACCGCAGCCGGCACACGGGCGAGCGCCCCUUCGCCUGCCCCGACUGCAGCAAGCGCUUCCGGCGCAGCUCCGACCUGGUGCAGCACCAGCGCGCCCACACCGGGGAGCGGCCCUUCCGCUGCGGCCACUGCGGUGCCGGCUUCAGCCUGGCCUCCACCCUGCUCAACCACCAGCGCGGCCACACCGGGGAGCGGCCCUACCGCUGCCAGCGCUGCGGGGCCAGCUUCGCCCGCAGCUCCACCCUGGCGCGCCACCGGCGGGGCCACGGGCCUGAGGGCGCCGGGCGGCAGGAGGCAGAGCCCGCCCCCCAGCCGGGCCCCCUGAGUCAGGGCUCCUGCCCCCUGCCCCAGCCGGGCACCCUGGGUCACAGCUCAGAGCCCCUCUCUGGCCAGGACACCCUCACCCAGCCGGGCCCCCUGGGUCACAGCUCAGCUCCUGUCACCCUGCAGCCCCCCACGGGGCAUGGGUCAGCUCCUGCCCCACAGCAGCCCCCCAUGGAUCAUGGGUCAGCUCCUGCCCCCCAGGAGCCCCGCAUGGGUCACAGGUCAGAUCCUUCCCCGCAGCACCCCCCUAUGGGUCAUGGGUCAGCUCCUGCCCCCCAGGAGCCCCCCAUGGGUCACGGGUCAGCUCCUGCCCCCCAGGAGCCCCUCACGGGUCACAGGUCAGAUCCUGCCCCACAGCAGAACCCCCUGGGUCAUAGCUCAGCUCCUGCUCCCCAGGAGCCUCCCCUGAGUCACAGCUCAGCUCCUGCCCCCCAGGAGCCCCCCACGGGUCACAGGUCAGAUCCUGCCCCGCAGCAGACCCCCCUGAGUCAGGGCACCAUAGAUCAUGGCCUGGGCCCCCAGCCUGGCACUGUGGAUCAUGGGUCAGAGCCUGCCCCCCAGCAGAGCCCCCCGGCUCGGCCCCCCGCCUCCCAGCCAGGCGAGCGCCCCUACCCGUGCCUGGUGUGUGGGAAGCGGUUCUCCCGCAGCUCCAACCUGGUGGCCCACCAGCGGAUCCAUGCGGGCGACAAGCCGUUCCGCUGCCCGGAGUGCGGGCGGGGCUUCCUGCGGGGCUCCAACCUGCGGACGCACCGGCGCCUGCACACGGGCGAGCGCCCCUACCCCUGCCCCGAGUGCGGCAAGCGCUUCGGCGACACCUCCGUGCUGGUCAAGCACCAGCGCAUCCACACGGGCGAGCGCCCGCACCGCUGCCCCGACUGCCCCCGCCGCUUCAGCCAGGCCUCGGACCUGGUGGCCCACCGGCGGGUGCACACGGGCGAGAAGCCCUACGUCUGUGCCGAGUGCGGGCGCGGCUUCAGCCGCAGCUCCAACCUGCUGACACACCAGCGGCUGCACCGCGGCGAGCGCCCCUACCCCUGCCCCCAGUGCGGCAAGAGCUUCGGCCAGAGCUCGGACCUGCUGCAGCACCAGCGCAGCCACACCGGCGAGCGGCCCUUCGCCUGCGCCCAGUGUGGCAAAGCCUUCAGCAAGGGCUCCACCCUCACCGGGCACCAGCGCAUCCACACGGGCGAGCGGCCCUUCGCCUGCCCCACCUGCGGCAAGCGUUUCCGGCACAGCUCCCACCUGACGGCCCACCUGCGGGUGCACGCCCGGGAGCGGCCACUGUGAGCCGGAGCCCCCGGCCCU